GUCGUUUGUCUGGUGUGUCGUUUGUCUGGUGUGUCGUUUUUUUCUACGGUGGCGGCUCGUAGCGCUGAUUUAUGGCAACAGUUUAGUCGUUAAAGACACCUCGUACCUGAAGACACCACUGUGGUGGCUCAACAGAGAAAUAUUUUCGAGGCCUCCAGCAAUGUCUUGGUUAGAGAUAACUUGUGACCCAUAGUGACCUAUAAACUAAUGACCUAAAGUGACCUAUAGUGACCUAUAAGCUAAUGACCUAUAGUGACCGAUAGUGACCUACAGUGACCUAUAAAAUAAUGACCCAUAGUUACCUACAUUGACCUAUAGUGACCUAUAAACUAGUGACCUAUAGUGACCUAUAAACUAGUGACCUAUAGUGACCUAUAAACUAGUGACGUCAUGGAGAACGAGAUGCUGACCAGGCACAUGACCUUGACCUCUAGGAAUAUGGGGGACUGGCUUCAGAUCCAGAAGAACACAUUCACAAACUGGGUCAACGAAACUCUGAGAGACACAGGUGUUGAAGUUCAGGAGUUAAGGACUGACCUCUCUGAUGGUGUCAGGCUUGUGGCACUCAUUGAGUCUUUGACUGGACACAGGAUAAGCGGGACCGUGUCCAAGCCAAGCAAUGAAUUCCAGAAACUCCAGAACAUCACCAUAUCAUUGGAGGCAGUGAAAACAGAUGGCGUCAAGAUUGUCAAUAUAGACAGCAGUGACGUAUUAGAGGGAAACCAAAAACUUGUGCUAGCGCUCAUCUGGCAACUCAUCUUGAAAUACCAGAUUGGCUUGUCGGCCAAACAAAAUAAAACCUGGCUAUUGAAGUGGUUGAAGGCCGUCAUACCCGAAAGUGACGUCCAAAAUUUGACCACAGACUGGAACUCUGGUUUAGCCCUGCACUCGCUGUUGGAGUUCUGCAAAGCCGGUCUGGCACCAGGGUGGAGGGAACUGGACCAAAACAACAAGUUAGAGAACUGUAGUGCUGCCAUGAGAUUAGCGCAGCAGAACUUCAAUAUUCCCGUCAUAUUGCGAGCUGAGGACUUAGCUAGCCCCGACUUGGACGAGAAGUCGACCUUGACCUACCUGUCCUACUUCACCAGGGUGGGGGGCCCGGGGUAUGAUGCAACAUUGCAAAGGAUAGCUGCUCGAACUCAGCCAAAGGUCGUUACAAACUUUACGUCUGACUGGCGAGAUGGGGAAGCACUUUACAACCUGGUGUGUCAGUCUGGAGGCCAAAUAAAGGGAGAGUACAAGACUCAAGGGACACCACUAGAGCUGACACUGAUUGCCUUGGAGUCUGGCCGCCAUCUUGGAGUGGAGCCACUGCUGACAGGAGAGCAGAUUGUUGAGGCGGGCAGCGGGCAUCUGGGCAUGAUGGCAUACACUGCCCAGUACCUGAGCCUACCACACGUGGCAACCCCACCCCACGGGGCGCCAUACAGCUUGCCACAUCGGCUGGACGACCACCGGACACACAAUGGAGAGCAUAGUCAGGAAGAUUUCCGUAGUGGCAACAACGACAUCACAAUGGUGAACCACACCCACUACAGCGAAUACAAGGACAUGAAACCGUUAAAGGUGACAACCUUUGAGGAUGUGGAUGAAAUCAUGGGCAGCCACACCGCCAUCCUCAAGUCACCUAAAGCACCAACAACAUUUCACCUCAUCAGAAAGUCCUCUUUCCACGCCCCACAUGUUGAGCUUCCGCCUGUGGAUCAACUUAAGGUGGACACAUACAGUGUUGGUGUCAUAAUGGAGAGUAGGAUGCCUGGUGCUUUUAAUCCUGAGAAGUUCCGGGUGGAGGCCGUGGCCCCGAGUGGUCGAGUGAUUAAGAUCACUGGCGAUGGCCACUACGCGGCCCAGUUCAAUGCUGACGAGAUAGGCCGAUGGAAGGUUUCCAUGUUUUACGAAAACAGGUUCCUGGAUGGAUGUCCCAUAGAGGUCAGUGACCCUUCACAGGUCAAGGUCAUUGGACUCCAGGGAGGUCAUGUUGGAAAAUCGAAUUCCUUUAACGUUGACUGCACAAGGGCCGGCCCAGGAGACUUGGGAGUGGACAUUUCACAUAAAGGUCGAAAGAUAGUGGCGAACAUUGUCCAGACCUCGACUCCUGGCCUUCACAAGGUGACCUUCACCCCCUACAACCCAGGAGCUUAUGAGAUCAACGUACAUUUUAACAGAGCUGAAAUACGAGAAAGCGAGAUUGAGCUGCACGACCCGUCAGACAGGACAAGAAAAGCAGUGUUUUACACACAUGUGGACCCCCAAAACGGAUAUGUUGAUGUAAAAGCUGCUUGUGACUGGGAAGUCGAUUACCUGACAGGUGUUCCCUUCAUAUGUCACGUGACUGAUGCCUCCGACAUCUCAGUGUACAGCAUGGAGGAUGGCACCGUGUGUCUUCAUCCUCAGCUCAUUGCUGACUGCACGCGGGUUGGCGAGGGCCGCAUUGAUGCUGACGUCACGUAUCAGGGCCUGCGGUAUCCCUGCAGGGUGAAGCAGGACAAACCCUGCGUGUACAAAGUUUCAUUCAAGCCACAGGGCCCGGGCGUCUACAAGGUCUGGAUCAAUUAUGACGGGCAGCCGGUCAAAGGCUCGCCAUUCAUACAAGAGAUAUCAGAACUGGAAAAACCUUCAGCGAAUGGCGACGGACUUUACCGAGGUGUGCCGGGAGCACCAGCUACUUUUACCGUAGACCCCCGCGGAUUUCCCGGGCAAGUUUCCGUGUCUGUCAUUGGUCCAUCAAAACCUGUUUCAAGUCAGCUGGAACCUUUAGCUGACCAAACGGUCAAGGCCACCUACGUGCCCACCGAACGUGGACCCCAUCAGAUUGAUAUAAAGCUGGACAACAAACACAUCGAAGGCAGCCCAUUCAAACCGCUGAUUGUGGACCCAGUAAAGGUGCGGGUCUCUGGCGGAUGGAAGCCAUACCUGGACGACAAAGGGGUCAUUCCAUUAAAGGUCAACAAGGAAAAGCAUCUACCUUUUGAUGUCUCUGAGGCUGGGCCAGGGGAACUAACUGCACAAGUUCAGGGUCCCAACGGUAAAAUCCCAGUCGCCAUAGACGCUAGACAAGACGGCAAGCAUUCUGUUGUGUUCACACCAAGAGAGGAAGGUAGACACAAUAUCCACGUCAGCUGGUGUGGCUACCCAUUGUCCAACUCUCCCUACCUGGGUUUUGCCACACGCGAACCAGAACUUGACGAGCCAGCUAUGACGAGGAUAAUACCUGUAGCUGUACCUGUAGCAGAUAGUUACCCAAGUCCAAGGAGUUCUGUGUUUGAUGGCCCCUCCCACAUCGCUGAACCUGAGUUCUACAAACCUGGCAAUGUGGUCUACCAACCGGAAGGUCGUGUUCAGGUUCUGCCUGUGACGUAUACAGCCCCGCCCCCUAAGAGAUAUAUCGAGCACGCCCCAGCAGACGUUGAGCAAGUGGAGCCACCCAAGCGAUACAUUGAGACUAAAUUGGAGCCCAGAUUGAAGCUAGACCAGGAGACUUUGCCCAGCCCGAAUACAUUCCCUAAGCACACGUCGUCCUCAAGAUCGUCCACGUCAUCACAGGCUAACUCAGUUCAACCUAAACCUCAGAAGGUCAUACUCAGCGGCAAAGGUCUUAAGGAAGCAGAAGUCGGCAAGCCGGCAACAUUCAAGGUAGACGGCAGACAGGCGGAACCAGGUAAACCUACAGCUCAUCUUGAAGGUGUUCGGGCCAACAUACCUGUGACGUCAGAGCCCAUUGAGCCGCAGCGUUACAAAUGUGAAUACGUACCGGAGAAGCCCGGAGCCUACCUGCUCUAUGUUGAUUGGAACAACAAGCCUUUAAAAGGUUCCCCAUUUAAGGUAACCAUCAGAGAGCCGAGCAAGCCCCACAAAGUGACCACAUCCGGUGAGCCACUAGGCGCCGUGAUGGGCCGGGAUCUGGAGAUGAGGAUCGACCCACGAGAGGCGGGGCCGGGCCAACUGACCGUGUCAUGCACUGACCCCAACGGUCGAGACGUUCCUUGCAGCUUGAAGGAGAAUAUUGACGGCACAAGGUCAUUGAAGGUCACACCCAAGAUGGCGGGUAGACAUAUUGUUGACAUUCGCUACGACGGAGCUCACAUUUUAGGAAGCCCCUACGCUAUUGAUAUUAAGGAGUCACAAGUGAAGGGCAAGGUCAAGGUUUGGGGUCCAGGAGUUGAAAAUGGAAUUAUUCCAAACUUCCAAAGUACAUUUUGGGUGGAAACUACAGGGGCGGGGGCCGGAGACCUUCGUGUGAGGAUCAUUGGACCUAAGGGAGCCUUUCAUGUCAAGAUGCGCAAGGCUAGCACCAAGGAACGAAUCUACCAGUGUUUCUAUGACCCAGUGGAGCCGGGCAUCUACACGGUCAACGUCGAGUGGUCAGGCAGCCACGUAGAUGGCAGUCCGUUCACAGUUCUGCUGGCCACAAGUGCCCGGGAGUUGCGGGCCUUACAGGGAGAUGUACUUGAUGUCAGCGGCGACACUGAGAGCGUCUUGCACAGGAGUCAGCGCAGCAACGGCCAGACCAUGCAUGACUUUUUAUACUGACCACAGCCUGACGCUUUAUACUGACCACAGCCUGACGCUUUAUACUGACCACAGCCUGACGCUUUAUACUGACCACAGCCUGACGCUUUAUACUGACCACAGCCUGACGCUUUAUACUGACCACAGCCUGACGCUUUAUACUGACCACAGCCUGACGCUUUAUACUGACCACAGCCUGACGCUUUAUACUGACCACAGCCUGACGCUUUAUACUGACCACAGCCUGACGCUUUAUACUGACCACAGCCUGACGCUUUAUACUGACCACAGCCUGACGCUUUAUACUGACCACAGCCUGACACUGACCACAGCCUGACGCUUUAUACUGACCACAGCCUGACGCUUUAUACUGACCACAGCCUGACACUGACCACAGCCUGACACUGACCACAGCCUGACGCUUUAUACUGACCACAGACUGACGCUUUAUAAUGACCCCAACCUGACGCUUUAUACUGACCACAGCCUGACGCUUUAUACUGACCACAGCCUGACGCUUUAUACUGACCACAGUCUGACGCUUUAUACUGACCACAGCCUGACGCUUUAUACUGACCACAGCCUGACGCUUUAUACUGACCCCAACCUGACGCUUUAUACUGACCACAGUCUGACACUUUAAAAUGACCACAGCCUGACGCUUUACACUGACCACAGUCUGACACUUUAAAAUGACACCGGCCUGACUCUUUAUACUGACCACAGCCUGACGCUUUAUACUGACCCCAGCGUGACGCUUUAUACUGACCACAGCCUGACACUGACCACGGUCUGACACUUUAUACUGACCACAGCCUGACGCUUUAUACUGACCACAGCCUGACGCUUUAUACUGACCCCAGCCAGACGCUUUAUACUGACCACAGCCUGACGCUUUAUACUGACCACAGUCUGACGCUUUAUACUGACCACAGCCUGACGCUUUAUACUGACCACAGCCUGACACUGACCACAGCCUGACGCUUUAUACUGACCACAGCCUGACGCUUUAUACUGACCACAGCCUGACACUGACCACAGCCUGACACUGACCACAGCCUGACGCUUUAUACUGACCACAGACUGACGCUUUAUAAUGACCCCAACCUGACGCUUUAUACUGACCACAGCCUGACGCUUUAUACUGACCACAGCCUGACGCUUUAUACUGACCACAGUCUGACGCUUUAUACUGACCACAGCCUGACGCUUUAUACUGACCACAGCCUGACGCUUUAUACUGACCCCAACCUGACGCUUUAUACUGACCACAGUCUGACACUUUAAAAUGACCACAGCCUGACGCUUUACACUGACCACAGUCUGACACUUUAAAAUGACACCGGCCUGACUCUUUAUACUGACCACAGCCUGACGCUUUAUACUGACCCCAGCGUGACGCUUUAUACUGACCACAGCCUGACACUGACCACGGUCUGACACUUUAUACUGACCACAGCCUGACGCUUUAUACUGACCACAGCCUGACGCUUUAUACUGACCCCAGCCAGACGCUUUAUACUGACCACAGCCUGACGCUUUAUACUGACCACAGUCUGACGCUUUAUACUGACCACAGCCUGACGCUUUAUACUGACCACAGCCUGACGCUUUAUACUGACCCCAACCUGACACUUUAUACUGACCACAGCCUGACGCUUUAUACUGACCACAGCCUGACGCUUUAUACUGACCACAGCCUGACGCUUUAUACUGACCCCAACCUGACGCUUUAUACUGACCACAGUCUGACACUUUAAAAUGACCCCAGCCUGACGCUUUACACUGACCACAGUCUGACACUUUAAAAUGACACCGGCCUGACUCUUUAUACUGACCACAGCCUGACGCUUUAUACUGACCACAGCCUGACACUGACCACGGUCUGACACUUUAUACUGACCACAGCCUGACGCUUUAUACUGACCACAGCCUGACGCUUUAUACUGACCCCAGCCUGACGCUUUAUACUGACCACAGCCUGACACUGACCACAGUCUGACACUUUAUACUGACCACAGCCUGACGCUUUAUACUGACCACAGCCUGACACUGACCACAGUCUGACACUGACCACAGUCUGACACUUUAAAAUGACCCCAGCCUGACGCUUUAUACUGACCACAGCCUGACUCUUUAUACUGACCACAGCCUGACACUGACCACAGUCUGACACUUUAAAAUGACCCCAGCCUGACGCUUUAUACUGACUACAGCCUGACUCUUUAUACUGACCACAGCCUGACGCUUUAUACUGACCACAGCCUGACGCUUUAUACUGACCACAGCCUGACGCUUUAUACUGACCACAGUCUGACGCUUUAUACUGACCACAGCCUGACGCUUUAUACUGACCACAGCCUGACGCUUUAUACUGACCACAGUCUGACGCUUUAUACUGACCACAGCCUGACGAUUUAUACUGACCCCAACCUGACGCUUUAUACUGACCACAACCUGACGCUUUAUACUGACCACAGUCUGACGCUUUAUACUGACCACAGUCUGACGCUUUAUACUGACCACAACCUGACGCUUUAUACUGACCACAGCCUGACGCUUUAUACUGACCACAGCCUGACGCUUUAUACUGACCGCAGUCUGACGCUUUAUACUGACCACAGCCUGACGCUUUAUAAUGACCCCAACCUGACGCUUUAUACUGACCACAGCCUGACGCUUUAUACUGACCACAGCCUGAUACUGACCACAGCCUGACGCUUUAUACUGACCACAGCAUGAUGCUUUAUACUGACCACAGUCUGACGCUUUAUACUGACCACAGCCUGACGCUUUAUACUGACCACAGCCUGACGCUUUAUACUGACCACAGCCUGAUACUGACCACAGCCUGACGCUUUAUACUGACCACAGCAUGAUGCUUUAUACUGACCACAGCCUGACGCUUUAUACUGACCACAGCCUGACGCUUUAUACUGACCACAGCCUGACACUGACCACAGCCUGACGCUUUAUACUGACCACAGCCUGACGCUUUAUACUGAACACAGCCUGAUACUGACCACAGCCUGACACUGACCACAGCCUGACGCUUUAUACUGACCACAGCAUGAUGCUUUAUACUGACCACAGCCUGACGCUUUAUACUGACCACAGCCUGACGCUUUAUACUGACCACAGCCUGACACUGACCACAGCCUGACGCUUUAUACUGACCACAGCCUGACGCUUUAUACUGAACACAGCCUGACGCUUUGAACUGACCACAGCCUAAAACUGACCUUUCAAUCUGUAGGCUAAGAGACGGUGGAGCCUUUGGUUUACUGAACUAAAAUUAUUUACAAUACAAUGGCUACUUGCAUAUAGGCAAUUUACUAUUGAAACAUUGUAUACAUACUAUAUAUAUAUAUAU